CUCCCCGCUCAGUGACACACAGACCCGGCGCGGGGAGGCGGCGGCGGCGGCUGCGGCUGGUCGGGGCAGGCUGGGCUGGGAUCGUAGCGGCGGCGGCUGGGAGCCGAGUCCGGAGCAUGGCGGGGACCCCGGCGGCCGCUCCCCCGCCGGCUCCUCCCGCCAGCGGGGAACUUCCCGCUGCCGCCACCGCGGACGCUGCCUCCUCCCCUCCCCGGCGGCCCCCGGCGCUGCCCGGCCCGGGGCUGCUGGGGCUGGGGCUGCUCCUCUGCUGCGGUGCCUUGGCUGGACCAGUUGUUGAUCCACAUGUAACAGCAGUUUGGGGGAAGAAUGUCACCCUGAAAUGCAUAAUUGAAAUAAAUGAAACAAUAACACAAAUCUCAUGGGAGAAGGUACAUGGUAAAAGUACACAGACCAUUGCUGUUCAUCAUCCUGAAUAUGGGUUUUCUGUUCAAGGAGAAUACCAAGGAAGAGUGUCGUUUAAGAACUACUCACUCACUGAUGCAACUAUCAUCCUAAACAAUAUAAGCUUCUCUGAUUCAGGAGAAUAUGUAUGCAAAGCAGUUACAUUCCCACUAGGAAAUGCUCAGUCAUCAACAACUAUAACUGUAUUGGUUGAACCCAUUGUGAGCCUAACCAAGGGACCAAACUCUUUAAUAGAUGGUGAAAAUCAGACCGUAGCAGCCAUUUGUACAGCAGCCACUGGAAAACCUGCUGCAGAUGUUGCUUGGGAAGGAGGUCUUGGAGAAAUGGAAUCCAGUUCUAUUUUAUUUCCAAAUGAAACUGUGACUGUUGUCAGUCAGUACAAACUCAUACCCACCAAAUUUGCCAGAGGAAGACGCAUAACUUGUGUUGUGAGGCAUCCAGCUUUGGAAAAGGAGAUGAGAUAUCCUUACACAUUGGAUAUAUUAUAUGCCCCUGAAGUUUCAGUAACUGGGUAUGAUGGAAACUGGUUCAUUGGAAGAGAGCAUGUUCAGCUCCGGUGUAAUGCUGAUGCAAAUCCACUGCCCAUGGAGUUUACAUGGACCAGGUUGGAUGGACAAUGGCCUGAAGGUUUAAUAUCUUCAAAUAAUACUCUGCAUUUCAACAGUCCAUUGACUUACAAUUAUACUGGGACUUAUGUCUGUAAGGUGACCAAUUCCCUUGGACAAAGAAGUGAUCAAAAGACGAUCUACAUAUUAGAUGUGCCAUUUAAGCAGACAUCUUCUGUAGCUGUAGCGGGGGCUGUAAUUGGAGCAGUUCUUGCUCUCUUUAUCAUUACCAUCUUUGUGACAGUACUAUUGACUCCAAAGAAAAAAAGGCCAUCCUACCUUGACAAAGUGAUUGAUCUUCCACCCACACACAAACCACCACCUUCAUAUGAGGAAAGAGCCCUUUCUGUAUCUCAGAAAGAAGUCAUGCUUCAGAGAGAACGCUUCCCUUUGCAAAGCCAAUACAGGGAGAAAGAAGCUGGAAAUUUGCAGAACAUAAAAUCAGUAAAUGGCAGGCAACCUAAUUACGAAGAUGAAAAUCCAUUGAGCCAAGACAACCUUCAGCAGAUGUACCCAGUUCACAAGCAGAUAUGUUACAAAGAUUGGAGCAGCAAGUACCAUCAAAACCCAGGAACUGGAAGAAUCUACAUUAAUCCUAGAGAACACUAUGUGUGAUUGCUUCUCCUGCUGUGAAUUUUUAUACAGAAUAAAUUGGUGUUAGAUAACUUAAAAUGUUGAGAAGUCUGCAAGCUUAACACUUGUUGAUUGUAGGACAAGUACGUACCCCGGUGUGUUUUAGCAGUUCCUAAAGAAGUAGGUAUAGAGCCAAUUAAUAGUCUUUGUGUGUGUGUGGUGAGAGAUGGUGAGAAAUAGGCAGGCAGAAAAGAUACGUAUUUCUGGAACAACUCUUUCAUUUGUGACUUUGAUUGUGGAUUUACUUUUUCAGUAGCAUAGUGCUUAUCUGUAUUGUACUGUUAAAAUCCCAGUGUGUGUUGAUAGCUGAAGGGAUCCUCCAGAAGAAGAGCCUCAGCUGCCUGUGUUAACCUCACCAGAUUUAAGAAACGCCAGCCCAUUCAUCUGUAAUUCAAAUGUGUGUUAAAUGAAUUUAGAAUCUAUUUCCCUAAUUCAUUCUUAGGGAUUUCUCUCUCUCUUCCCUCCCGCCCACCCCCAAAGUGAAUGUGCUUAAUACAAUUACAGUUCCUGUGUACAAAAAAUGAGGUAUGAGCUGGAGGGAAAAUGUACAUCCUUUGUGUCAAGUGAGAAAUUUGUGUCUAGGUUGUGGGGUUUUGUUUCAUCUUUUAAGACACUUCAGAAGCAUCACUACUGGUAAAUAAUUUUAAUGAGAUACUGACAGAACUUGACCACAGCUUCUGGUUCCCUCCCCCAUUACCUCUAUUCCCCAUUCCAAUAAACAGUCAGGUGCUGGUCUGUUACUGUGCUUUCUGGACCAAUACUGCCUGUCUACCCACCUCAUAAGUGCUGUUCAAUUCUUUUCUGCCAUGAGUCUCAGGUCGCAUGUUCUUUUUUUUCUUCCCUUAGCUCCCAGUUCACACCUCCCCAGACUCAGUCUACCAAACCUAAAUCUAGCUGCUAGAAUCAGAUCAUACCUGUUUCUUAUCUGGUUUAAAACAUUCCCAAAAACCGCACAUGUGCACCCCCAUCUUGCCCACUCAGAACUCCAGACACCAAGACCUAAUUCUCAGUGGUCCCUAGCAAUAAAGUAAACAGGAGCUGUGGGUGCUCAGUACAGAAGAAAAGCAAGCUCUCUGUUAGCUAGGGCCAUAUCUACUCUGUUGUUUGCUGACAAAAUAAAUUCCAAUAGUAGCAAUGGGGGUGGGGGAAAGAACUUUACUCUAGCUGUGGGCAAAUUUAACGCUGUCUUCUAACCCUGCCCAGAGCAGAUGGAAGUAAUAGUGUUGUGAAAUAGCAUGUGAAUGGCUUGCCCAAGCUAGUAAUAACACAGGUGACGCUGCACUGGUGUUGGUAACCGUGGAAACCUGUGUGCAAAUACAAUUUGUGUUGAAAAGGCGCAGUGCUCUUGAUGAGUACAAAUAAGUUUCCUGUCAGUUAAAGAACCUGCACAGAUAAGCCUGUGUGGUCAAUUUGAGAAUUUUUUUUAUUUGUCUAAUUUAACAGGGCAAGAAAUGGGACACUGAGUACAGAUGACUUUAAAGACUUUAACUUGGAUACAAGGGCAUAAAGGGGAGUGAGUGUUCUGGAAUACAAAGGAAGUGUCUCAAUAGACACUAGACAAUUUAUUCCAUAGCUAACUUACUAGGACAUUUGAAAAGAGUAAUCCCCCUGAGCAUUUACCCACUUGAGCUAAUUUUCAUUCCAAGUGUGCACGCUCGUCUCAGACAAUGGAUUUACUGCUGGUUUUGUAGACAGUCAAAGAUACUGGAGUAUUUUUUAGCUGCUGUAUUAGCAAAUCAUAUGGCACAAAAUCACAGGCAUGCAUUGUCUGUCCUUAAAAUUGUGACUAGCGAAUCAUCUAAAACAUGAGUUUUAUAAGUAACUGACUAAUUAGUGCUGGUUGAUGGUAGGGUAAUUUAUUUUACUGUAGUAUCUCCAGCCUUUCAUAAAAUGAAUGUUUAAAUAAUGAAAGUUACAUAUUGGGUGGUAAUCAAAGCAUGGUUCCCACUCUAAAGGUUUCUUCAUGCCUUGAGCCACCGGUUUGAAAAAGGAGUUGCGUCUUUAUCUCUCCUAAAGUUUUCUUAGUUUUUUUCUAAACAUACGUUUGUCAGGUUUCCCAGCUCAACAACUACCACCUUAACAUGCUCUUUGUAUUGUUACCAUUGUAACAACUUGCUUUGCAACACAGCAAAAUGUAUAGGGCUUCAAUUCUGAGAUUAGUUCCCAGGGGGCCCCCUUUCACACACACACACACACACCAUUCGGGCUCCAGGCUUCAGCUGCAGGGCACUGAGUCUUGGAGCUUUAGCCCUGAGGAGAGAUGGGAGCACCAGGGCUCAGGUCUUUAGCUCCCCGGGGAAGGGGGCACCAGGGCUCCUCUCUGGUGGGCUCUGGCUGCAUUUAAGCCUUGAGAAUAUAGCUACUGGGAACUGGUAUACUGAAAUUUCAUUGACAAUGCAGCAGAAUGAAAGCUGAGAUUGAUCACAAUGAAAUGCAGCAUGAAAAGUCUGCUGAGAGUGAAAAUUCUCUCCAAAAAAUGAAGGUUUCCAGUGUGUUUGCCCGUAACCCAUUAACUUUUCAUCUUUGUUCUAGUAAAAUUUGAUUCCAUGACACAAUCUCAUACAAGAGUCAUUAACAAUUAACUGUGGUGGCAGAAGAGGGCAGCAAGAUUGGUUCCAAGUACUGAAGGGGGAUUUUCAUUUUGCAGCCCUUGUGUAUAGCCUGUCAGAGAUGGAAGUAGGGAGACUGUCUGGCUUCCAGCAUUGUUGUAAGGGGCCUGAAGUGCAGGCAUUUUGAGUUGAACACCAGUUUAUAUGAUGUCCGUGUAUACUGUGUGCGAUGCACUGUGGCAGUUGGAAAAAUAGGGAAGAGUGGGAAAACCUGAGAAAGCAGCAGUUCUGCCACCAGUGCAUAGAUGCGGAAUACAUGUGGCGGUGAGAAACAGAAGUGGGGAGAAGACACAGAGCGGUUUUCAGUUGAAAAAAAUUCUCACUGUGCGAGUUUCUCUCACUUGUUUCUCUGCAAUGAUCCCAGUGCUUUCGCUCUGCCUUGCAUGAUGGCAGAUGAAGCAGCGUGGCUUGUUGCUUCAUUUCUCACUGAUUAAAACUUCAGUUCGCGAGGGCCCAGGAGACAAUAGAACAAGGACGAAAUGAGCAGGCAUGAACUUGAUGGGCAGAGAAUGUCUUCACCACUCUUAGUUCUGGGAACAUAAAAGGAUGUUGGUGACUUUUCAUCUGUUUCCCCUUCAGGCAUCUUUUAAGGGUCCGAAGAGAAACAAUUUGCAUUUACGAAGCACUCCUGAGCUGUAGAUCUCAAAGCUAGUGGGUGGGGGAAAUAAGUGGCUGGGUACUUACUGAUGACUUCCUCCUGACGUGAGAGGAAAUGCAUACCGACGGAGACUCGGUAUUGAAAAGGUCGAUACAGGAAAAAAUAGCUGCUGCAAUGUAUAACCCUUUAGAAGUUGGGAUAACAUCUCGGACAGAACUUAAACAUUCAAGUCCAUGGUUGGAGGUGCUGGAGGAAAAUAAUGAAAUAAAACCAGGUGCAGGAAAAUGUACUGCAGCACCUACUCAUCCACUGUUAAAACAGUGCUGCCGCUGUGGCAAAUGCUGCCCAACAACUCAGUGGAGCAGAUUCCAACUGAAUUGUGGCACUGAGGUCUCUGCCUCCUUAACUCCCGCUAACAAAUUCUGAUACAUUGCUAAGUGGCGUUACUUGGAUACGCAGGCUGCUAGGAAAAGUGCCCCCCACAUCAUCUUGUCCUUAAGACAAUUAUCGUUAUACACGUGAAUGGAAGUUUUGUUUGUUACAGGCCAAGUCUCUAGUGUACUUACCCUGAAGCUGAUGGAGUUACAAGAGGAAUGCAUUUCACAACAAAAGUGGUCCAUUUAUGAGCUUAGAUAACUAAAGUUUUACCACUUGCCCUUUUACAUUCAUCCCCGUAAGCAGAGCUGCAAAAGUUAGAUCUGGAUUCCCGUUGCCCCAAAGAUGAAGUGUGUUUGGAUCGAGGGCUGUGGUUCAAACACAUCCUAAAUAAAAUGUAUAUUUGCUGUCGGAUGUUAUCUGGCUGAAGUACUCUUGUACUACUGUACUCUUAAUUAAAGAAAAACUUUAUGCAAGACACAGAUGAGACAGAUGGCUGACAAAGUAUUUGUGAAAGUUGGAUUUAUAUAAGCAACAGGUAUUUAAGGCACUUGUUCAUGAAUAUAGAUGUUAAAACCAAAAACAAAUCUAAUCAAACAAAUACUGAAAGCUGGAAAACCUGGUAUGUAAGGUUGUGUGUGAACCUCAUUAAUUCACACUCACUGGGGCUUUUAUGGUAGAUUACUUCAAUUUGUGAAGCACUUGAUAAAUGUGCAAAUACAUCUCUAUAUCAAUAUGCUCAUGAUCUUAAUUGCAAUUUAAUAGUCUAAAUAUACCAGUAUUAGUGUAACAUUUGACUAAUACUAGGUUACUAUUAACCCCAUAUUUUUAAUUACCAUAUGGAUUGUGAUUAAUUUACUUGCCUACUUAUUACCAUUGGUAUAAUGUAUUGAAUUGAAUUUUCUUUACGGCUGUUGUUGAUUUUGAGUAGCAUUCUGUUAGUGAAUAAUCAGAUAAAAACAAUAAAAUAAAUGUUACCGUAUAGGAAGGAUUUGGGAAAAUGUAGCUAAAACUUACAGAAUUAGACAAAGUGUAGAAGUAAAUAAACUGCCUGUUUCAUGUUAGUAAUAUGCAGUAUCACCACAGCCUUCCACUGCUAAAUCUUAGGGUACAUAAGGAGAGGAAGAUAACCAGUGUGUUACAGAAGCCUAGCAGGCUUGCUGAUUGGUGAAGUAGGGUACUAUUGUAGUUGAGGGUGAAGGGGGUUAUGCCGUUGCCCUUAAAGUUUCUCUAUGCUUUAUGUAUGUGAAGUUGGAUAAACUGAAUAUUUGUGGUAUAAAAGAUAAUUUCUAUAGUAACAAUAAGGAAUUACCUUUGUUUGUUUGUUAUGGAUAGCACCUAGGAACUUAAGUAAAGGAUCAGGAUACUAGUGUGCCAGGCAUUGUACUAAAGAUGAAGAGAGAACAAGCCCUGUCACAGACUGCUCACAAUUCUACUUGUCAGAGAACAAAACAGAUGGAUUAAACUGAUUAAUGUUGUGGAGGUGGGGAAGAUCGGAGGAUAAUGCAACAAUAGAACAAAUAAUUUGGUAGAAAAGCAGAAGUCACGGCACAUCACUUGCCUAAUAAUUGAGAGGCAAGGGGGCAAUAGAAUACUGAUAACUACCUUAAACAGUAGUAUGGCUCAUAUGCAAUAACAUUAUACGGAUUGGUAAAGAGUCAGUUGAUUCUCUAUGAUCCUCCCAGGUCAAGUCCAACAAUCCUACUAAAAGUUGUCAGAGCUGCUUCAAAUAAGGAUUUCUCACUUGACUGCAUUUGAGAGCAGGAACUUCCUAAAAUAAGCACUGGUGAAUCUCGUUGCAUCUGGAGAGUACAGCCAACUUCUACCUGCUCCCUUGUUUUCUGCAUCUCAACUUGAUGGUAUCCAGGAAGUCUCCGGUAUUUGCAUAAUUUAGGAGUUAUUAACCAGUAAACAGGAGUUCAAGGAUCUGUGUAGUUGAUCUGAUCACAAAGCUCAUUUUUACUACCCUAGUCGUCUCAGACAGCCUUAGUCCCUGAUAAUCCUAUUUUUGGAAGCUACCAACCGCUUGGCAUCAGAAACAUCCAAGUGGUAUAUUAAUUGAUGCCUGAAGUUUGAGUGAAAGCACUGACUAAUGAAUCCACGGAAGCAGGGGGGAAAAUGCAGAUACACAUUUUCUUUGGCUUAAACAAAAUAUUAUUCUGUUCAAUAUAACAAUGGCUGUUCAAUGAACUUCUUGUUGUCAGUUGUAGUACAGUGCCCUACUGAGCAUCAGAUCAUAGACUGGUCCAUGGCUUUGUUUCUGGGGAGAAACUUUACUUUAAUCUUUCUACUAACUACCUAAUUUGCCAGCAAAAUGUUUCCAUCAUGGUUCUGGAUUCCAUAUAACAACUUAAUGUGUGGAUUCCAUAUAACAAUUUAAUGUGUAGAUUCCUCUGAGAUGCGUAUUAACAGUCCUCUAACAAUCCCUCCCCACUCCGCAUCAGACAAGUAUGUCAUCUUCUCCACCAAUCCCCACCAUAUCUCUACAGUGCACUUGGAUACCAAUCUGGUAGCAUCAUACAAGGAUAACUCUAAAUUUUGGUGGGAGUUGUGUACGUGCAAGGACUGAGAUCAAAGAUUAUUGCUGGCCCUGAAAGUAGUGGGUCUGAGAAGGGUGGUUUCCAAAUCAAGUCUGUCUUGCUUUUCACUGUCAUUGUGCUUGAGACCCAGCAUAUCUCAGUACAAGACAAUAUGUAAACUGAUUUUUUUUUCAUACUGUGGACCGUGUAAUACAGGGAGAGUUUUGUGGUUUUGUCAUGGCAUUUGAUUUUUGUGGCAACUUUUCAUAUCAUUCAUAAUUGCAUAGCAUCACCAUGGCAGGGCAGCAAUUGCUUAUGUGGAAAAGUAAUACUAAAAUCUUAUUUAUUCUAUUUUCUUAAUCAACUUGAAAGCUGGAAAUAACCCAGAGGAGCCAGAACCAUGUGGCCAGCAACUGUAUGUAGACCACCAAUGCUCCAUGGGCCACAAGUUGGGAACCUUUGCUGUGAAGCAUUGAGUGGGUCCAUGCCAAUAGCAAACUUUUUUUAUUCUCUAUUUCCUUUUUAUGUAAAAUAGAAAAAGGAAGACCUUGGCUGGAAAAUCUCAGUGGCUGGCAGUUUUCAAGUGCUAAAUGUAAAAAAAUCCUUUCUGUUUAAGCACACAACAAAGCACCAAAAGAACAGAAUAAAAUUUCAGGUGCAACAGAUUAAGUACAAUGGCUAUGAAUAUUAUUUUUUAAAAAAAAAUUCUUCAUUUUAUCAACUUCAUUAUUGGUUGGAAAAACAAGUUUGAAUGUAUAGUACAGCAAGUUUCAAAGCUGUUGCUAUAUUUGCCAUGUUUACUGUUACUACUGAAGCAGUUUGGUUCAGUCAUGGGUAAUUGAAUACAUGUGAUAAUUUUUUACCCUACACCUUUUCAUUUUGCUUACAAUAUUCAGGAAACAAUCCACUACCCUUAUAGUCUUCUGAUGUGGAUUCAUCUUUGAAGUUCUUUGAUUUCAGUUUUGCAAAUCAGAAAUCGAGGGUUCUAUCAAAGUGCCAAACAGAACUUUUUCUUUAAGGGAGAUUUUAAUCAACAAGGCUGCACUUCUAUGUUAGCUUUUACCAUUAAAUUGCAUAAUGUUCCAUUGUUACUCUCGUUCAUAGACAUGCAAAUAAGUCUCUGAAAAAUAUUAGCGUUAAAGUAGGUUGCUCAAGGUACAUAGACAUACAAAUUGCAAAUCACUUUGUAAUGCAAAUUGUGUACUAAUGUGGAGUUUACAAGUGUAAUGAUUAGGUAGGUACAUUAUUAAGGACUUUACCUGUACCAAGCAAAAAGGAUUUCAGUAAUGCAUGCAGUGAGGCUUAGAAUAUUGAGUUGUGAAAUGUUGCCUACGUUACUAUUUAGUAUUAGCACACAACUCAGAAAUGUGGGUGGGAGGUCAUGGGGGAGAAAUUCAGAAUACCUGGAGAGAACCGAAAAAAAGUAUAGAUGUAUUUUGAGAUCACAAAUAAAAAGGACAACAACAUUGUUGAAUUUGUAGGCUAUCCUAAGCUAUAAGAAAUAGUCCUUUACUUUGCACAUUUUUGAAGUGUAUGUAUUAGACUUGUUUUGAAUAAAAAUAUCCAGAACAAAGGUUUUCAUCUUAUAUUUC